GUGGAACUACAUCAACCCUCUCAGCUGGCUGGAGGGGAACCAAAGAGACCCGGUGUUUUUUGUCGACUCCACGCCCUUUGACAACAGAGGGGACUUUGAGAAUUACUUAGCCAGGCUUAAUGAGAUGCCCAGAUUGUUUGACGAGUACAUAACAUUAUUUGACGAAGCCAUCAGUUUGGGAAGAACUUCUAAUAUACUAUCGGUGAAUCGAGUUCCGAUGCAAAUCGAGUAUAUUCUCCAACAUGAGAUUGAGCACUCGGUGUACUUCAGCCCAUUCCUUGAUUACCUCGACCAUUUUAACCAUUCAAUACCAGCCAAAGUGAGAUUUACAUGCCCCAGACUCGUUUGGGUAUCGGAGUGGGCUCCCUGCAGGGAGGUAAAGAGUACUACCAGGCCUGCCUCAAGUGGUAUCUCUCCCUAGACAUGACCCCGGAGGAGGUUCACAAACUGGGGCUCCGGGAGGUAGAUCGCGUCGUCAAGGAGAUGAGAACUAUUAUGGAUCGACAAGGCUACAGUGGCUACGCGAUCAGAGACUAUUUUGCUGAAAUCAACAAAAAGGAAGGCAUGAUGAUCAAAACAGAGUCCGAAAUUCUGAAAGGCUACGAGGAAAUUAUUUAUUCUCGCAUUGACCCGACCCUGAACAAGUACUUCCGGGAUCACCCAGGCUUACCCAUUAAAAUGGGCUACUAUGAUUCUGAGAUCUUCCGCGCAUGUCGGCUGGUAGUAGAUUCAGGCAUCCAUGCUUUCAAUUGGACAAAAGAAAGAGCUGUGCAAUUCUUCAGGGAUCACACCUCAGAGUCAAAAGAAGGUCUGGAGGUGGAAAUUGACCGUUACAUCACGUGGCCUGGCCAGGCAGUGGCCUAUAAAGUGGGAGAACUCAAGAUUAAAGAACUUAGGGAACGGGCGCAGCAACAGCUUGGCGAAUACUUCGACGUCCGGGAUUUUCACAUGGUCGUUCUGGAAAAUGGCGCUGUCCCGCUGCACAUCCUUGAGGCCGAGGUGUUAGAGUGGAUAGAGAACCACAACAAAGAUCAAGAGUUCGAUCCCGAAGACUGCGAUUGUCCAACAGCCCCUAGAGGCAAGGCCAGAUGCCAUAGGUCAACCGCCACACGUAAAGCGUCCUUUUCCGAUCCCAAGAACAACAACGCCGUUGUGUCUUUCCAGCCGUCAAAGCUCAACAUAUUUGGAAUUUUAUGUUUGGUUUUAUCGUUUCUAUUUCAUUGGAAUUCAUAGUCUCUUCCGUUUGAUAAGCAUUAUUAUUAAUGCUGUCUGCUGUUGUUUUCAUUCGGUCCUUUAUAGUGGGCAUUACUUGAGACUGACUGAACGUUUUUUCGUUUUUCAUAGUGGUAGUAGUUGUUGUUCAGAUUACUGUUGUGUGAAUGCAAUGAUCAGAUCGUUUGUUGGUUUUACUCUCCCCAAUGCCAGGGUAUUAUGCGGGAUAUUUGUGCUUUGUUU